AUGGCACUUCAAUCCCCUGCUGCUCCCCAUUUUUGUGGCCUAUGGGAGACAGCAGUGCGAUCAGCAAAAAUCCACAUCCUGAAAGUUAUCGGUGAUAACCCUGCGACGAUCGAGGACUUCAACACUCUUCUGGUGCAGGUGGAGGCUUGUCUGAAUUCCAGGCCUAUUACGGAGAUGUCGGACGAUCCGAAUGACUUCGAACCACUUACACCUGGCCAUUUUUUAAUUGGAACAUCGCUCCGCAAGCUACCAGAUCCGGAUAUUCUACACCUCCCAACGAAUCGAUUGACCCAAUUUCAGGUGAUUCAACAAAGGGUACAGGUAUUUUGUCGCUACUACAGUACUUGUCGCUACUACAGAGCCGGACAAAGCGUUGGAAACCACCAGUUGAGAUCACCGUUGGGUAGCUCGUGGUCCUGA